GCCAGCAGCGGCUCGGGUCACCUCACCGUCGGACGGGACCAGCUAGCGCCUAGCCAGCAAGCCAUGGCGAGGGCGGUCGGCGUCGUCCUCCUGGCCGCGGCCGCGCUCCUAGCCUUGGCGGCGGCCCCGGCGGUGGCAGACGAUGAGCACCUGCAUCACUGGCGGUGCUUCAGGUCGUGCGCAAGGGACUGCCACGGCGAGGACGCCCUCGGCGACGGCGGCGGCCUCAACAACGUCUCCGCCGGCGCCGGCGGCGUCUCCCACAAGUGCAAGACCGGGUGCCUGCACGAGUGCUUCGAGGACCUGCCGGCGCUCUGCUACCAGCAGUGCGUGGUCAGCACCUGCCUCUGCCUGCCGCCCUAUAGCAAGGAGAAGCUGGCGUGCAUGAAGAGCUGCUGCGACAAGUGCUUCCACCACGGCCCGCCCGCGCCCGGCCCCGGCCCGAAGCCCAAGCCGCCUCCCGGCCCGAAGCCGCCUCCCAGCCCGAAGCCGCCCGCCCCGAAGCCGCCCAGCCCGAAGCCACCAGCGCCGAAGCCGAAGCCGCCGUCGCCCAAGGCGCCGCCGCCGCCGAAGAAGCCGCCGUGCCCCCCCAGUCGCGAGACCGUGAACGCCAGCAACUGACGCGGUACGGUGGGACCCACCGCGCCCGCGAGAAUAACAACUGAUGCGUAGUACGUACUGCUUGACGCCGCGCGGUGGAGUAUACGGUAUAUAUAUACGGUGUCGUACGUAUACGUGUACGCAGUGCGAGCCCGAAUUAAUUGCGGCUGCCGAUAGUAAGGAGAAGAAAUGGUAUAUAUGUGUCUCCGUUGAUGUAAGCGCUGGGCAUAUGAACUGUACGAAACAAAUACCAAAAUACCUAAUAGUUGUCGUAUAAAAGGAAUUAUAUAUGAAUGCAUGAUGUAAAGAAAUUUAUCUUCUAUGCAGUGCAUGCUGCCUUAUA